AUGCCCCAAAAAGAAUACCACAAUCAAGCCACGUGGGAGUCUGGCGUAGCCUCAAUGAUGCAGAACAAGGUGUAUGACAUCUGUGAUGAAGGUCACAGUGGCGUAAACCAGCUUGGUGGUGUGUUUGUUAAUGGUAGACCGCUGCCGGAUUCCACCAGGCAGAAAAUAGUUGAACUUGCUCACAGUGGUGCUCGACCCUGCGACAUCUCCAGGAUACUGCAGACCCAUGAUGAAGUCCAAGUGCUGGACAGUGAAAAGGUAUCCAACGGCUGUGUGAGCAAGAUCUUGGGAAGAUAUUAUGAAACGGGCUCCAUAAGACCGAGAGCGAUAGGCGGCAGCAAGCCCAGAGUCGCCACUCCAGAGGUGGUCGCGAAAAUCGCGCAGUACAAGCGAGAGUGUCCGUCUAUCUUCGCGUGGGAGAUCCGUGACAGACUUCUGUCGGAGGGGAUCUGCACCAACGACAAUAUACCCAGUGUAAGUGUAUUGACUGUGUCAUCGAUAAACAGAGUCCUCCGCAACCUGGCUAGUGAAAAGCAACAGAUGGGCGCAGAUGGCAUGUAUGACAAGCUGAGAAUGCUCAACGGUCAGACAGGAACUUGGGGGACCCGGCCCGGCUGGUACCCCGGAACAUCAGUGCCAGGGCAGCCCAACCAAGAUGGUUGCCAGCAACAAGACGGUGCAGGAGAAAACACAAACUCAAUCAGCUCAAACGGCGAGGACUCAGAGGAGACACAGAUGCGGCUGCAGCUAAAGAGAAAGCUACAGAGAAAUCGCACGUCCUUCACACAGGAGCAAAUUGAAGCACUGGAAAAAGAAUUUGAAAGAACCCAUUAUCCAGAUGUGUUUGCACGAGAGAGACUAGCAGCAAAAAUCGACCUGCCCGAAGCAAGAAUACAAGUAUGGUUCUCAAACAGAAGAGCAAAGUGGAGGCGAGAGGAGAAGCUGCGGAACCAGCGCCGGCAGGCCAACAACUCCUCCAGUCACAUUCCCAUCAGCAGCAGCUUCAGCACCAGUGUCUACCAGGCCAUCCCACAGCCCACCACACCGGUGUCUUUCACCUCGGGGUCAAUGCUGGGUAGACCUGACUCAGCACUCACAAACACCUACAGUGCGCUACCCCCAAUGCCCAGCUUCACCAUGGCAAACAAUCUACCUAUGCAACCCAGCCAGACCUCCUCUUAUUCCUGCAUGCUGCCUACCAGUCCGCCUGUGAACGGGCGGAGCUACGACACAUACACGCCCCCUCAUAUGCAGGCACAUAUGAACAGCCAAUCAAUGACCACUUCUGGUACCACCUCAACAGGACUCAUCUCUCCUGGAGUGUCUGUCCCUGUCCAAGUCCCAGGGAGCGAGCCUGACAUGUCUCAGUAUUGGUCAAGACUACAGUAG